GGCAGUUGUCGGGUCUUAUGGGCAGCCGAUUAGACCAGCCGGGGUCCACUAGCCCUGGGCUGCAGGGAGGCUGCUGCGUCCGGCGAACACUUCAGCACCUGUAGCACAGAAGGGCCAAGGAGCCGCAGUCCUCAGCCAGCCGGGGGUUUGCUCCUCAGCCCACUCUGCUGCAUCCAGAUCAGCUCACCCCUCUUCCUUCCCUGCCCACCAGAACUCUGAUAGCCCAUUUUGCCAAGAUGUCCAGGGUAGCCAAAUAUCGCCGGCAGGUGAGUGAAGACCCCGACAUCGACAGCCUGCUGGAGACCCUGUCUCCCGAGGAGAUGGAGGAGCUGGAGAAGGAGCUGGACGUGGUGGACCCAGAUGGGAGUGUUCCCGUGGGGCUGCGGCAGAGAAACCAGACAGAGAAACAGUCCACGGGUGUGUACAACCGGGAGGCCAUGCUCAACUUCUGUGAAAAGGAGACCAAGAAACUUAUGCAGAGGGAGAUGUCCAUGGAUGAAAGCAAGCAAGUGGAGACCAAGACAGAUGCCAAGAACGGAGAGGAAAGGGGCAGAGAUGCCAGCAAAAAAUCCCUGGGCCCCAGACGGGACUCAGAUCUGGGGAAGGAGCCAAAGAGGGGUGGUUUAAAGAAGAGCUUCUCUAGAGACAGAGAUGAAGCUGAUGGCAAGAGGGGUGAGAAGCCCAAGGAGGAGAAGAGCAUCCGGGGCAUUGACAAGGGCCGGGUCCGGGCUGCAGUGGAUAAGAAGGAGGCAGGGAAGGAAGGGAAAGGAGAGGAGAGGACAGUGGCCACCAAGAAGGAAGAGGAGAAGAAAGGGGGUGACAGGAGCACAGGCCUGAGCAGGGACAAGGAUAAAAAGAGAGAGGAGAUGAAGGAGGUGGUCAAGAGAGAGGAGGAUGAGAAGGUAAAAGGGGAGCACAGGAACACAGACAUGAAAAAGGAGGACGAGAAGGUCAAAAGAGGAGCCAGGAACACAGACACCAAAAAGGAAGAUGAAAAAGCCAAGAAGGAUGAACCCUUGCGUGAAAAGGAAGCCAAGGAAGACAGCAAGACCAAAACAGCCGAGAAACAGACGCCCGGCGGCCCCACCAGGCCCUCUGAAGGACCGGCCAAGGCGGAGGAGGAGGCAGCUCCCAGCAUAUUUGAUGAGCCUCUGGAGAGAGUGAAGAACAACGACCCUGAGAUGACUGAGGUGAACGUCAACAACUCAGACUGCAUCACAAACGAGAUCUUGGUCCGCUUCACCGAGGCUCUGGAGUUCAACACUGUGGUCAAGGUGUUUGCCCUGGCCAACACGCGCGCGGACGACCACGUGGCCUUUGCCAUCGCCAUCAUGCUCAAGGCCAACAAGACCAUCACCAGCCUCAACCUGGACUCCAACCACAUCACAGGCAAAGGCAUCCUGGCCAUCUUCCGGGCCCUCCUCCAGAACAACACGCUGACCGAGCUCCGCUUCCACAACCAGCGACACAUCUGUGGAGGCAAGACGGAGAUGGAGAUCGCCAAGCUGCUGAAGGAGAAUACGACACUGCUCAAGCUGGGCUACCAUUUUGAGCUGGCUGGGCCCCGAAUGACCGUCACCAAUCUGCUCAGCCGCAACAUGGACAAGCAGAGACAAAAGCGGCUGCAGGAGCAAAGGCAGGCACAGGAAGCCAAGGGAGAGAAGAAGGAUCUGCUGGAGGUACCCAAGGCAGGGGCUCUGGCCAAGGGCUCCCCAAAACCUUCACCUCAACCAUCUCCAAAGCCCUCUCCAAAGAACUCACCCAAAAAAGGGGGUGCUCCAGCUGCCCCGCCUCCCCCUCCCCCGCCCUUGGCUCCACCCCUCAUCAUGGAGAACCUGAAGAACUCACUCUCACCCGCUACUCAGAGGAAGAUGGGAGACAAAGUCCUCCCCGCCCAGGAGAAGAACUCCCGUGACCAGCUAUUGGCCGCUAUCCGCUCCAGCAACCUCAAGCAGCUCAAGAAGGUGGAAGUGCCCAAACUGCUUCAGUAGGACCAGGCUGCCAGGCACCAUCUGCCAAUGCCAUGACUGCUCAGGCCUCACCUCCCAGGGCUACACAGACCCUGCCCACCCCGUCCCUGGCUGACCUGCUGUGGAUGUCCCUAUUCUGCCAUGGGAGAGUCGAGGCCUAGGUCACGCUCAAGGAAGGAUGCCUUAUCUCUUCUCACUUUCCUUUUCUUGUCUCUGAGGCUCUCCAAAUUUUUCUUUUGUACCUGGAGCUCAGGUUUCCAGACAAGAAGAGUCUUUUUAGCACAUCGCUGAGAAGAUGGCACUGUCCAGGGCCCAUGUAGCUGGCAAGCUGCAAAAGACCUGUGAUCCAGGAAAGAUGUCCCGCAGGGACCACAUCCACCCCAGCCCCACUGCCCUCCAGGGCCAGGAUUCGGGCCUCUGAGGAGCCCACGGGGCAAAGCUGCUGGGCCAGUGGCACUCUGUGUGGGACAAUGGCAGAAAGAUGGAGAGGCAUGGGGGCCCAAAGGGGAGUGUGGGGAGGGGCUGAGGAUACCCCAAAGCCCAGGCCAUUCCGAGGACAUGGCAGGGGCAGUGGCCUGAAUGAACAGUGCCUGGUGGGUAGGCUCGAGACAGGAGGAGUGGGACAGACAGCAGCUGGACUUGAAGGUUUCAUGCCAAAGCAGACACUUUCCUCACACCUACCUGCUGUUGUAUAAAUAGCUGUGUAUCUGUUUUUCCAUAAGAUUUUGAUAAUAUAUACAAACCUUUAGCUGUGAAUGGCUAUGCCCCACCUGCUGUCCUGAACUGUGAGUCCUGGUCCUAACCCUGGGCUCCCUGGAGCUCAGGUCCCCUGCCACACUAUUUGAGUUGGCCGUGAAAUAAAUUCACAUCCUCAGAAAGUGCAGCAUGGAGGAGAAUCUGAACUCUCAGCAGAAGAUUCUCCACUGACCUGGUUGUCCAGGGCUAGAAGGCCAGGCCUCUACCUGCUCCUGAACCAGUCCUGCUGCCUGGAGUCAGUAGCCAGAGCUGUUCUCGGGGGUGCUGGGGCAGAGUGGAGCCCAGGGCACCGGGAAGGCCAUAUUAGGCAUGUUCAGGGAUGCUCAUUCCGUGACUCUGCCUAACCACAGGCUCAGGGCCAGGUCCUCACAGCAGUCACAGGCCCAGGAAGGCAGCAGGCAGAGAAGUGGAGUGACUGUUGGCAGAGUAGCUCCCACACUUGUGUGCCUUAAGGCUCAGAGGGGCCUCCUCUUCCCCAGCCCUCCCGCCUACUCACCAAUUCCACUUCCUGCCCCACCUGCAGGAACGCUGAUGAUGCCGCCCUGACCAUCGUCGGGUGUACAUGAAAGGCAUGUUUCUGAAUUGCAUUCUCUCGAAGAUGCUGGCACCCCUUGGCACUGUGGAACUACCACCUUGGGUCUGUGUCACUUGUAGGUUUUUCUAUCUCCAGGUUGCCUCAACAGCAGGAGGCACAGCAGUUUCGCCAUCUUUGAGGUGAGGGUGGGGUGCCCCAGCUAAGAAGCAAGAUCGCUGUGCUAGGUCUGACCAAAACCAGAGGGCAGUCUAGUCCUGGGGUAAAGCCCUCAGAUCCUGGGGCACACUCUUCCCCAUUCCCUCCAUCCACUUGCCUGCCACUCCAGUCACCUGAGCAAUCACUGGGCCCAGAGGAAAGGAUUCAGACACACACUGGCUCCUGGACCUAAAGGAUAUGAGCUGAGCUAAGGCCGGCUAGAGCUUCCACUGUCAGCCCCAACUGUCAGCCCUACUGCACCCCCUGUGCCUGCUGGGCGCUGGGCACUAGCUAGAUGCUUAAGGUUGCUUCAGCUGAUCCUUCAACUCUGUGAGGUGGAUACCAAUAGUCUCUCUAUUUUGCAGAUAAAGUUUGGCCCAGAGAGGUUAACUAAUAUAUCCAUGAUCACACAGCUAAUAAAAGGCAGAGCUCA